AUGUAUAUAGGCACUCUUCAUGAAAAGCUUAGCAAAGAUCAUAUUUCAUACAUACUAAUACAAGUUAAAAAUUGGUCAACAGAUAAUAAAGGUGAUGACUAUCCACUCUCUGCAACAGCUUUACUGUCACCAGCAUAUAUAGGCAUUGAGGAACUUCCACAUAUUCCAUUUUGGUCGUUGUAUUUGCAAUUAGAUGCAACAAAAGAGUUUAUUGAUGUUCCAACUGAAUUGUUUAAAUCACCUCAAACACAUCAAAUUGUUUUGUGCAAACAUAAAAUUGAAGAAGUCUUGAAAGAUUAUCAAACAGAUGAUGAUGAAACAAUAGAAAAUUUUAUUAAGAAGAUUAGAAUUGAUGACAAUAAUAAUGUCUCAAAUGCUAAAAUCAUAGCAUUCCGUGAGCAUCUUCAGAAGACACUUGCAUUAUUUGGAUUAUCUUCAAAUAUCUAUGGCUGUUUGAGACAGUUUCCACCAAUCCCCACAACCUCGCCAUCAGAUCUCACAAGUAACUUUAAGCAAUUGUUGACUGCUUGGGUUGAUUCCACACUGGGGAAUGUCCAGAAAAAAUGA